AUGUCGACUCCCGCACCGAGUACGGACCCCGUCUCCACGCCGUCAGGCAAGAAGAAGAAGAACAACAAGAAGAAGAACGCCAACAAGGCCAAGGAUGUCGUGACUGUAGACGUUGCCGCGCCGCAACGCGACGCCGAUGAACGUGAGGAUGAGCCAGAGACACCUGUCGAGGCGACACCACAACCAGAGGAGACGGCCGUGCAGCCCGACGAGGCCACACCGAAGGUCAACGGCCACAAUGACGCGCAAGAUGGCAACGGCCACGCGAACCCCCCAAUAGCGAAGCCCGCCGUCGCCACCGCCGACACGACGAACGUGCAGCCGACCGCAGCGUUUGACGCCCUUGCAAGGGAGAGGGAUGAUCUCAAGGUCGAGGUGGAACAACUACGAAAACAACUCGAGGCAUCCACCAAACCAGAAGCCAACGACGAAGAAACGGCGCAGCUGAGGACGGAGCUCGAGGCGGCGACGAGCGCCAAGGAGCACGCCGAAGAGCAGUACGAGGGUCUCCUCGAGCGGGUCAACCACCUCAAGUCGACCCUCGGCGAGCGUCUAAAGCGCGAUCGCGCCGAGCUCGAAGAGGCAAAGGAGCGCAUCGAGGAUCUAGAGGCGCAGAUCGAAUCCCAGAACGCUGAGCUGCAGAACGGCGCCAAGUCGUCCGAGGGUGAGCUGGCGAAGCUCCGGGAGGAGCUGCAAGAUGCAACGCGGGAGGUCACAAGUCUGCGCAGCCGCAGCAACCUGUCGCAGCAGAACUGGGUCAAGGAGCGGGACGAGAUGGCCAAGCUCGUGUCGAGCCUCAAGCAGGAGGUCGAGACGACGACGAAUGCCAUGGGCGAGUGGGAAGUCAUUGCCAUGGAGGAGCGCUCUGUCAAGGAGAGCCUCGUCGACAAGACGGCGGAGCUCGAGGAACAGGUCGCCACCCUGCGUGAGAACUACCAGGAAGCCGCCGCCGACCGGGAUAAGCAGUCGCAGGCCAUUGACAGCCUGCAGAAGGCGCUGAGCGAUAUCCAGGAGGCGCGAAAGCGCGAGCUCCGCGAGAUGGUCGAGACGUCGGAAGAGCAGCUGCAAGCGCUAAAGAAGCUCGUCCAGGAGGCGGACGCCCGCGCCGUGGAAGCCGAGACGGCACGGGAGAGCGCGACCAAGGAGCUCGAGCGUACGGGACCGUUCGAAAAGGAGGUCAAGGAGAAGAACCUUCUCAUCGGCAAGCUGCGUCACGAGGCCAUUGUGCUGAACGACCACCUCACCAAAGCCCUCCGCUAUCUCAAGAAGACCAAACCCGAAGACAAUGUUGACAGACAAGUCGUCACCAACCACUUGCUCCACUUCCUCACCCUCGACCGCUCCGACCCCAAGCGCUUCCAGAUCCUCCAGGUCAUGGCCGGCUAUCUCGACUGGACCGACGAACAGCGGGAGCAGGCCGGCCUCGCCCGGCCAGGCACCACCUCCGGCAGCAGCCUGCUCCGCCUUCCCGCCUCCCCCUUCCACCGCACGCCCAGCACGCCGUCCCUGAGCGCCGAAUUCUUCACCGACACGACAUCGAGCACGGCCGCCAAUAAGGAGUCGCUCGCCGAUCUCUGGACGGGCUUCCUCGAGCGCCAGGCACAGGAGGCGCUGAGCCCAGACGCCGACGGCAGCGAGAGGAAGGGCAGCGUGUAG